GGUUUGCUACCCCAUCACCAAAUCUCUGCUUUGUCAAAUUUUUGGUCCAUUUGGUGUGGUGGAGGAUAUCUAUCUGUACAAUGGAUGGGACUGGGUGGAGGCUCGAGUGAUAUUCCAAUCAAAACAACAAGCUUGUGAUGCUUUUGGUGAAUUGCAUGGUCGGAACAUUUAUGAUGGUUGCUGCCAGAUGGAGAUCAAGUGGGGUUUCUCCCAGGAGCGGCGUUUCUGUGGUCUCGAGCAACAGCAGUACAACGGCUAGUUCGUCAUCAGUGUUGUUCCCUUCUGGUGAGGCAGCAGUAAGUUCAUCGUCCAAGUGGUUUCUUUCUACUGCUGCUUCUAUGUCCACAAUUGAUGAGCUUUUCUCUGAGAAGUUUCGUGUGGAGGCGGAUGCUAGUGGAGAACACACUAAGGCUACUGCUCUUGUGGAAGUGGCGGGCGGUAGCACUAUUGCUAUACCUCUAGUCACCAACUCAGAUCGUGACAUCGAUGAUGAGCUUCAUGUGCCAGAGGUUGCGACCAUCGUCAAGGAGGCUGCUCCUGGUCCUGACUUCAUUGUUCUGGAUUCAUCGGCCAACCGCAGCGUGGGCAGCAAUAUCAGCAUCGGCAUGUCCAGCAAUUGUUCGACAAAAUGCCCAAUUAUUCUUGCUCAUACUUUGACAGUGACAGCCAUAAGAAUGAAUGACAGGGUACCAACGUCAUCCUUGACCUCUCUGCUACUUACGUUGAGGUUUGAUGGACCUGAUCUCCAUCCAAUGAAAUGGUUCCCAUCGAUGCCCAUGGAAUUCAUGUGUGACAAUGUUGAGAUUCGGCCAAGGCCAUGGCCAUCCUUUCUCAUAGAGGUUGGGGUUAGUUCUUUCUGGUGCUCUGGUUUGUUCCAUCCGCCCACAUGGUUACUUAUUGUUGGACAAAAAUUAGUGGAGAUAUCAGCGAUGAGGUUUAGACAGAACUUGUCUCUAGGAGAUGCCACUAUGCUCCAAGUUCUUGAGAUGCCACUGAUGAAUUUUUGGCAGGUGUACUACAGCGGGCUUGAAAUGAGAUGGACAUCAUUGGUUCUCGCGAAAAUUGCAGUGACAUUGUCUGAUCAGUUCCCAAGUUGUCGUUGGAUGCUGAUACAAGAGUCAAAUCAGUGUGUGUGUGGUGGUUAAUUUGAAUCUAUUUUGGUUAAAGUGUGCUUUAGUUUGCUCUCAAAAUCACCAUGUCUGCCUCCAGUUUGUCAACUAUUCAGAAGUCUGCUGGUU